GGCGUGCCAGCCAAUAGCCGGCGUAUUGACACGGAGUGAUUGACAAGGGGGCAGGCGCAGGGCAAACAAUGUGGAUUUCAUUGCAAAAAGAGAGUUUGGGAGACUGGCAGGAACUGAAAGAGGAUUUUUUUUGUGUUAUGUUGUGUAUUUUGUUUUCUGCAUGGCGAUCCCACAAACUCCUUUCACCUAAAACUUGGACUUAAAACAAAACUGGUGGGGGGAGGGGGUGUGUGAUGGGCGAGUUCUGCUUAGCAGUCUGCAUCGUCCAAAGACGUGAGUAAAGUUUUGCGUCUCCGCUUCCCCUCCUUUCUCUAAACUAUUGCACAGUCAAGCGUGUUUGUAACGAUGUGAAGUAAUGGGAAGGCGCGCAAACCAUUAUUCCGGGCGCAUUCGCUCAAGUUUUGAUUGGGAAGUCAGAUUCACUUGGACACUAGACGUUCCUGGAACAGAGAUGCCGUUCAAAAUGUCUCGGAGGAACCCUGACCAUACCUUUGGAAAGCCAGGCGCUGUAGCCUGAAUUUGAACAUUUUGGGGAAGGGUGGGGUGGGACGGUUUGUUCCGGAUUCCGAUUAUGGAUGGCAGAGACUUCGGCCACCACCGGGCAGUCCACGUCCCGUCGCCCUUGCUUACCGGCCUGGGCAUGGAGGCGCACAGGGUAGCCGCUCAGGCCAGCAGAAUCGCCCCGUCCGCCGGCCACAUGAGCUCGGCGCUCGGCACUCACCUGCCGCCGGCCAAGUACCUCUCGUCCCCGGUGUCGGUGCACGGCCAUUCGGGUGAUGCCUACCCCGGUGGCUCAACUCCUUUUCUUGGGGGUUUCGUCGCCAGUGGCCUAGGGACCUCGACUGCACCUCAUGGAACCCCUGCUCCUUUGCCCUCUGACCCUUCCUUCCGUGGACCCAACCCCACAAAUAUCCAGAUGGCACAGCUCUGGGUCGCGCACCCUCCUGAAGGUUACUCGCACCUGUCCAGCGGUCUUUACCCUCCAUAUAUUCCACUCGGUCACUUGGAGCACCCAAGCAGCGGCAGUCCGAUUCUAGCUCAGCUCAGCCAGCAUAGUCUGUUCGAGUCUCAGAAAGAAGGAUAUUACCUACACAGCCAUGCAGGACAAUCAGUCCUUCACGGUGCUGCGCACCCGCAAACCGCCAUCUCCAGGACGACGUCCAAUCAUGCGUCGGGCUCAAUCCUGCGAGAAAAGGAAAUGUGUCAUCCGCAGAAAAGUGGGAAAGAGUCGGAGAGGUAUCCAGCGAAAGACUCGAAAGAGAAAGUGUACAGGACUGAGACCAACGUAAACAUGGCUAAGAAGGAGAAGUCCAGGGAAGAAUCCAGGCCUAGGAGUGUGGUGGACCUCACACAAGAAGGCCGGACAGAUAACGACAGGAGGAUCCACCUUCUUGACAAAGCUGCCAAGACUAGUGAGCAUCACUCUACAGUUCUUACCAGUCACUCUCCGAACCGGGGAACUGGGAACGGAGAGCCAAAAUCCAAGAACCCUCUGCAGACCCUGUCUCUUAGCAACUGUAACAGUGGCUCCAGUUCCUCACUGAGACUCCCCGGCAGCGAACAGGACAGAUGCUCCAAAGACUCUGCUAAGCACGACGAGAACAUGCGGCCUCUGCUGCACGCUCACGCAGAACGGACGCGCAAGUGUGACACCGUGGUGACCUCGGUUGGCACUCUGCAUGUUUCCUGCGGUUGUCCGUCACCCCACUCCUCUCAAACAGCGCGGAUGCCACCUUCCAGCACAUUCCCUCCUCUUCCUGUCCAUUCCAGCAUCUACACCAUCUACCCCACUGCCAGGGAGCCAGGAAAGGAACAUAAAGUUAUUGCACCUACCUUUGUGCCUUCGGUCGGGUUUUACGAGAACAGGAACGGCCCCAUUCAGAUCGCCUCUCAGGCCAGAGACAAUAAGAGUGACAAGUGCAAAGACAAGGAUAUGAGCAGAGUGGCUGGUGACAGGACAGGCAGUUUGCUGUGCCCCUCGGAGAGGACGCUGGCAGAAUCCUCUCGGUUAAUGGUGACCCAGGACCUGCCUGUGCACGCAGAUACUAAAAGGGUGGAUAAUGUGAGGGAGGAAGGGUCGGUUAUUAGAUCCAACUCUCUAGCAAUAAAGAGGCCCACGACCUCUGAGCUGUUCCUGAGCAAACCGGGCCUCAGCCCAUCUGAAACGAGGGACGUGCAUUCGAGCAGCGCCACACUGAAAGACCCGGUGCGAUCGAGCUUUGAGGUCGACCACCGAAGUCAGGAGAGGGCCCAGCGAUCAGGGGUGAAGGAUUCCCCGAAGGUAUUCAACGGGGUGGAUGUCACAAGGCUGCACUCGGAGCAGUCCCAGCUGAAACGCUCGGGCACCCCGGAGCCAAAGUGGAAGCCGUUCGAGAUGGCGACGUAUGCCACCAGCCAGAUGGCAGCGCUGGCGGCCCAGCACGGUCACAGCAGCAGAGCGGACGAGGAUCAGAAGAAGAGCUUCCUGGAGCCGGCGGCUCUGCAGAGGUCAGCGGGGGUGGGUACGCCCAGUGAGGUCUCGGCCAUGCAGAGCCUCAUCAAGUACAGCGGCAGCUUCGCCAAGGAGGCGGCGGGCAGGUCCGGCAGCGGCAAGAAGAGCCCAUUCGGCGGACUCGGCAACGUGAAGACCGACUCUGGGCAACACGGCAUGUUGAAGGUGCAGCACCUCCCGCUCCCACAGCUCAGCAAGCAGCUGAAAAAGGAUCCAGAGCGGCCAGAGAGCGCCAAAUCGACGCAGGGCGAGGUGGAGGUCCGGCACCCACCUGUGGGCAUCGCGGUGGCAGUGGCCAGGCAGAAAGACAAUAGCAGCAAACCAGGCACUGGUGUGAUUGACAGGGAUCGCUCGCUCUCUAUGAACAGCAUGAAAGGACCUGGGCGCACCGACGAAGAGCGAAGUGAUGAUCGCCACCGCCAUCGCGAGGAGCGUCUCAUCGCCCGCGAGCAGGAGAAGCUUCUGAGAGAGAGUAAGGAGUUGGCGGAUUUUGCCCGGUUACAUCCUCCAGGCUGCAGCGCUGGUAGUCUGAACUCGAACCUGAUGGUUAUGGGAGGGCCGGCUCUGGCUGGAGCUGGUCGCUGGUCUACUGACCCCACCUCACACUUAGCAUCUCAUCCGUGGCUUCCUCGGACUGGGAGUCCCUCCAUGUGGCUGACAGGUCAUCCGUACGGUCUGACUCAUCCAUCUUUACACCAAGGAAUGCCUCCUGGCUUUCACCCCAGUAUUCCCGGCUCAAUCCCCUCAACGUACCAGUUUGCAAGAGACCCGCAGUCUGGCCAGCUGGUGGUGAUCCCGACAGAACAUUUACCACACUUUGCAGAGUUAAUGGAGCGGCCGCUGUGGCCUUCGAUGUACCCGCCGACAGGGAGCUCCCUGCAACAUGCUCACCAACUCCAGUUACUGUCCCAGCAGCAACUCCUGCGGCAGCAUGAGCUCUACAUGCUGCAGCAACAGGCAGCCCACGCCAUGGAGAUCCAACGCAAUGCACAGCUCGUGGAAAGACUAAAAGCGAACGAGCAGAGGAAUGAGAUGGAAGAUAAAGUGUGUAAGAGAAGCUCUGAGGGAGGCAAGCACGGCCUGGUGACCUCCUCGACGGGGAUAUUACAGAAACGGCACUCAUCGCAUUCGCCAGUGCCUUCCACCUCCUACCACAAGACGAGCACGCCCCCUCCCUCAGCACAUACCUCGUCGCCCAGACUGAAACUGAAAUCUGACGUGAGAGUGGAGAUGGAGGAUCCAUUACCCCCCCAGCCUUAUCACUCGCCAUCUCCAGCCUCCCAUCCACCAAGCCCUCCACAUGGCUCCCCACCUCCAGCCCCAGCCUUACCCCAGAAAGUGGAAGCAUCCGAAGAGUCUGAGAAGAAAAGCUUGGAGAAAGAUGCUUCUGCUCCUUUUCAAGCCCUGUUUCCUGAGAUUCCUCAAGGAUAUUCUUACCGCUCCCUCCCAACUUCUUUUGGCAGCCAUUACCCCUACCUCCUGCAGCCUACUGCUGCAUCUGAUGCUGAUGACUUGGCACCUGACGUACCACUGCCAGAGGCCUCCGAGCCCAGGCCCUGCUCUAUCGCCCCAUCCUCGCCCGAUGUCAAGCCGAUACACUUGCACCCCCCAUCAGUGCAAGAGGACAUGGCUGCAGAACCAAUUGAGAUCAAAGUGCAGUGUGAAGAUCUGAUUGAACUGGAGGGCAGCAAGGGCCUAUGCGAUCGACACCUCGAGGGGCAGAGUAAACCAGGGCCAUUUGGUGGAGAAAUGACUGAUGAGCCAACUGACCUGACCACAGAACACAAGGCUUCAUCAACCAUAGAGAGCCAGGAAGACCACCAGAACUGUCAGUCACCUUACCAGACAGUAGCUUGCACUCCUGAGGAAGAGGCCAAAGGGGAACUGCAACAAGUGCAGGCCAGCUCUCCUCUCGGUGACUAUCAAACUGCAAUGACACAUUCGGAGGUGGACAGUUCAAAACCAGAGGAAUUGCCAGAGCACACUGAUCACUAUUUUAAAACUGAGCAAGUGGACACUGAGAGCAACAUUGAAGAGACAUUACACACCGCACCUUUGAAUACGACGGAGCAGUUUGAGCUGCAUUUCCAGAUUCCUGAGGAACACACACCGGAGAUAAAGCUGGACGAUCCAAUGGCUGGCAUGAAUGCUCUGGUAGCUGCUGUCGAGCUUCCCCAAACCUGCUCCUUACCUGUUGAGACAACCAUGCCUUCGGACUUCAGCACAGCGGACAGCUCCUCCCUCAUUGGCAUUGCGCUGCUGAGCGAGAUUGCUGAACUCGAACUAGAACGCCGCAGGUCAAGUGGCGUCAAUAAACGGCUGGAAGGUGGAGGGAGUCACUUGGAUUUGGAAAGCCUCCUUGUUGCUAGCACCCAGGCGCUCAUGAUGGACUCCAUGCCUUCGAUGAGCACUGAAAUGUUUGAAGACACAAAGAAUGGCCCGGUGAUGAUAAGGCUUCCUCGUGAGCUCAAUCCCAACAAGAGGUACAGCUGGAUGCAGAAGAAGGAUGAGCCUAUGUUCUCCAUUAAAUCUGCCAUUGAGGGGAUGGAUGCCAUGGAGUUGGAUUACAGGAUGAAGCUGGCAGAACUACAGAGGAGAUACAAGGAGAAACAAAGGGAACUGGCCAAGCUCCAGAAGAGGAGAGACUCGGAAGAAAAACGGGAUGAGAAAAGUAGGAGUUUGUCGCGGAGAGGACCUGGAAGGCCGCGAAAGAGAAAGCAUGGCUCAAGCGCUCCGUCACCGCAUGUUGAUAGAGGGCGAAGUGACAGCAAGAGUGGGAAGCAUGGGAAAGGCUUCUCGCUCUCCGACGAGAUGGAGACGGCCGACGGCUCCAGGAAGGUGAGGUCGGCAGCCCAGGAUGAUGACGAUGAGGCGGAAAGCGUGAGCGUGAAAGCAAAAGGGCAGAGUCGCAUGUGGGAGCAAGAUGCGUCUUCGAGCUUUUCACACGAGAGCCACGGCCAGAUUAAGUUCAAGAAGAAGAGGAAGGUCAGUGAACAGGACCAGCUGGCAACCAAGCUGCACCAAACCCUCUCGCUAACUAAAUUAAAGUCACCCUUUAAGUUUGCAGAUGGUUCAACAGGGAAGCGGAAAUGUGGCAUCAUGGACAACUGCAGGCACCUGAGCUCCCAUAAGGACUUUCUGGGGAAAGACGGAAGGAAGGCGCUGCAUAAAGCCAUCGGCAGCUCACCGAGCAUGCUCCCUUCCAAAGAAAGCAAAAGCAAAAUGGCAGCCAAGGGCAGGAAGUUGGAGUCAAGUUCAAAGUUGAAGGGUAGGCUGAAGACGUCCCAUUCUCCGGCAAGAUCAGAGGUCAGCAGUUACUCUUACAAUACUGACACAGAGGAUGAGGAGGAACUGGUAAAGGAUGAAUGGCCGUUGCAGUCCACCUCAAGUAUGUCCGAGCGAUCAGGCUCCAAACUGAAGGCACCUGCUCUCUAUGGCAUAAUAUCAAAGAAAAGCAAGGCUUCACUGGGCACAAAGCAGGCCAAAAGACUAGCGUCUGCCACUGGGACUAUCAGAUCACAACGAGCAACCGACAAGAAAAAUCUGAAGCACUUUGCCUUGCUAUUGGAGGAAGCCGAGGGUGGAUCUUCCUUCAGUGACAGUUCGGAGGACUCAUUCAAUCAAGAUUACACCUCUGAAGAAGAGGAUUAUAGGAAUGAUUGCAGUGAUGCUCUUUCCUCACCAGUCCUGGAUGAGAGUGGUCUCGGCCUACUAGCCAGGUUUGCAGCCAGUGCCCUGCCAAGUCCGGUUAUGACUCCACCAUUAUCGCUUGUUCAGCUUGAGGCCAAGCAGAAAGCCAAGAAGAAAGAAGAAAGGCAGAACUUGUUGGGCACGGAAUUUGAGUACACAGACUCAGAGAGUGAUGUUAAAAUCAAGCAGAAACCAGCUGCAUUACCCCGACCGAAGAAGUCACUGCCAGAGCCAGGGAGCAGCAUGAACCUUGUGAAUGAGCAGCAAAGCCAGGACAAGCUGAGGGGAGCUGACAAGGGGAGAAAGGCCAAGAAGCCGAAGGAGAAGUCUCCCCGAGAGUUCACCUUCGACUUUGGCCCCGAAGCCAGCGACGACGACCUGUGGAACCGGCGGAGGAGCGAGAGGAUUUUCCUCAACGACGCCAGCGCCUCUGCUGCGCUGACCCCAACGGCUGCUCCCAGCACGGCCUCGGCUACCAAAACCAGCCGCUGCCUCAAGACCAGAGCGGUCAGCCCGAAGAAAGAGACGAGUAGAGCAAAGGACAAGAGAAAGAAAGGGAAGGAGCCACUGUCCCCUGGCUUUCCUUCAGCCCCGAUGCCGAGUAACCCAUCUGAACCGAGGGCCAGCCUCCUGCGCAGCACAAGCCCCUGCAAAAAGAACAAAGUGAAAGUGAAAGCAAAGGAUGGAAAAAAGGAGCAGGCACGCUCCAAAGGCGGUGCUGUCAGUAAACUAAUGGAAAGCAUGGCGGCCGAUGAGGAUUUUGAACAGAACCAAGACAGCAGCUUCUCUGAAGAUGAGAACCUCCCUUUGAGCAUGCUCAUUGAGAGGCCCUCCACCCCAGCUCUUCGCUCGUGUGUGAUUGACAAAGAUGAGCUGAAGGAUGGCCUUCGGGUGCUGAUUCCAAUGGAUGACAAGCUACUGUAUGCUGGAUAUGUGAAAACUGUUCACUCUCCGGAUAUAUAUCGUGUGGUUGUGGAGGGAGAGAGAGGAAACCGUCCGCACAUCUACUCCUUGGAGCAGCUCCUACAGGAAGCGCAGAUCAUUGAUGUUAAGCCUUCCUGUGUGAGGUUGUUGCCUGAAGGAACCCGAAUUGCUGCCUACUGGAGCCAGCAGUAUCGCUGCCUGUACCCUGGGACUGUUGUCAGAGCCACAUCCCAAAUCUCCAGUCCUUCCCUUAGCUUUGCUCCUAACCCUCUUUCCCCUUCUGCUUCUCCCCUGGCUUUAGGGAGCCCGGACCCUGAUGAAGAUGAGGACCUCAUCACAGUGGAGUUUGAUGACGGUGAUACUGGACGCAUUCCUCUUUCACACAUACGCCUUCUGCCUCCAGAUUAUAAGAUUCAAUUGUCUGAUUCAGAGACUGGCUUCUUCUUAACAGGUGCAGAGCCAUCCCCAGCUCUGCUCGUGCCCAAUACCAAGCGGCAAAGCAGGAAGUCCAGCAAGGAUGCUGUGGACAGCAAGGAGGCCGGCGCUCAGGGCACUGACAGCAGCGCAGCGAAAAAUAAAGGCCGCGGGAGGAAGACAUCCACCGCCAAAGGGAAAGUUGGAACGGACUCGGUCUCAGAGCAGGCGGAGAUUCCCGGACCGGCAGAGGAUCAGACAGACGCGGAGGGCCAGGGGAAGCAAGUCGCGAAAACGACGAGGAAGUGCCUCCAGAAAAGGAGUGGGGUGGGAGCUCCAGCCAAGGCCACCGGUGAGAGGAAGAAAAAGGCGGCGAAGGUGAAGCUGCUCCCGAAACAAAGCGCGCAGCAGCCGGCCACCUUCCCCGCUCCCGUCUUCGGGAAUGUCCUCGGCCUGGAAACGUACGGUGAGCUGCCGGACCCGUUCGCCAUCUCCGAGAGCACCGGAGCCAGUGUAAAAGUGAAGAAGGGCAAGAAAUCGGAGGAAGAGGCCCAGGAGUUUGGAAAUGGCGGGAAGGGCCUGAGGAAGCAACUGGAGGCGGAGAUUCUGGUCAAGUUGGACCACGAAGGGGUGAUGUCACCCAAAACAAAGAAGACCAAAGCCAUGAUGAUGGAAGAUCAAAGCUUGACAGGCAAGGUCGACAGCAAGGUCAUACUCAGUGUGAACUACCCUGCAGCAGCUGGGAGCUGUGAGGUGAAGCAGAAACCGUCAAAAAAUAAGGCUGCCAAGAAGGAACCUAAUGUGGGUGCCGCAUACUCUGGGGGGACUUUUGGCAGCAACACGGAUUCCAAAAGCAAGAUGAAGAACAAAGAGAAGGAAGACGGCAAUAGUAGCGUGAGCAGCAGCAGCAGUCCUGAGUCUGAGGGUGAGGAAGAUCAGCAGAACGACGAAGAAGAGGCUCCACGGAACAGCAGCGCCACAAGCUCCAGGGCCUCAUCACCCGUGUCAUCGUCAUCGUCGUCAUCCCAGUCUUCGUCCUCCAGCUCCUCGUCCUCGUCCUCUUCCUCGUCCAGCUCCUCCUCUUCGUCCUCGACCACUGAUGAGGACUCUUCCUGCAGCUCCGACGAGGAGGCCGGCUUCCAGUCUGCCGCUCCGCCUGGCCCGUCGUCAGGGCAACAGGCGCGCCUACCCCCUGAGCCCCGGCCCCAGCAGCAGGCCCGACGGCAGAAGCUGAAGCAGCAGCCCAGCAACAGCAAGAGCAAACCCAAGAAACGAGAAGGUGUCCACCUACCGACCACCAAGGAGCUAGCCAAACGGCAGCGGCUGCCAUCAGUGGAGAACCGGCCUAAAAUCGCCGCCUUCCUUCCUGCCAGACAACUUUGGAAAUGGUUCGGGAAGCCCACGCAGAGGAGAGGAAUGAAGGGAAAAGCAAAGAAGCUCUUCUACAAAGCGAUUGUCAGAGGCAAAGAAAUCAUUCGCCUGGGGGACUGCGCCGUCUUCCUCUCUGCUGGCCGCCCCAACCUUCCAUACAUUGGCAGGAUUCAAAGCAUGUGGGAGUCCUGGGGUAACAACAUGGUGGUCCGGGUCAAAUGGUUCUACCACCCAGAAGAGACCAACCUGGCCAAAAAACUCAACAAUGGCAAGCGUGCUUUGUACCAAUCUUCACACAUAGACGAAAACGAUGUCCAGACCAUCUCCCACAAGUGUCAGGUGGUCAACCUUGACCAGUAUGAGCUGAUGGCCAAGACCAAGAAAUACCAGGAUAGCGAGGACUUGUACCACUUGGCUGGAACCUAUGAGCCAACCACAGGUAUGAUCUUCAACACGGACGGUGUGCCCAUCAUCUGUUAAAGUACACAAGAAGGGUUGAGUGGCAACAACAAUCCGAGGCCUUCCAGGGAAAAUUAAGUAAGGAGGGAACGAAGCAUUGGAACUUCCCAGGAGAGGCGACCAUGGCUUUCCCUCUUCCGGUCCAGAGUUUUGUUUCUCUUGCCAGAGCGGGCCUUCAGCAGUGCAGGGAAAGUUCGCUGACCUGCGUUCAUAACCAGCAAGACUCUCCGCAGGCACAGACUAGAACGGUUUAUGCACUUAAUAAGAGUGAAUAGGAUGACGUCAUUUUCCUGUCUGGUCGGACCGUUUUUGGGUCACUCGGACUAUGCUCCCAGGGUGGGUGGCCACUGCCUGCUAAUUGACGUCACGUUUGAAUGCAAGAAGGUCAAAGGCCUCCGUUCCACUUAUGGUUGAAGAACAUCGCCUGUGUUUUUUCGAGCAUGUUGACAAGAGAGAAACAGAAGUUUUAGAACAGAUACUAUAUUAUUGUAUUUUUCUACAGCACAGAUCGAUUACUUCCUUCUCAGCCUCACUUGCUUCAACUGGGGCCAGGGAAGCACUUUUAUGUACAGUUGUCAAAACGGUCUACUCAUGUCCUGUAUCAAAUAGCUGAAUGGAGUCUUUUCUAAUGACUGUGAAAUAUGACCUAUCAGAAAUAUGAGAGAGUUAAGCUCUAUUUAUAGCUCGUGAGAUCAAUGAACUCUUCCAGGGAUGGACAGUUGUAAAUUCACAGUGAACUCGAACAGUAUUUUGCCAAGGUGACGACUAAGCAAGGAAACCAUAGCGUUGAUGAAGAGCACUUAUUUCACUGCCGAAUGCCUUCUAAGGAGAGGGGAUCACCGACAAUCGAGAGUGAAGAGAGAGAUUUUCACAUUGUAUUUGUGUACAUAGAUACUUAUAUGUGUUGUACAGACAAUUACAACUAACCUUUGAAUGCCACUCGCAGUUCACUCCAUAUUGGUAUUAACUGCAGAGAUUCACGUAAAGCCUCUUUUGCAGGGAAAAUAUGCGACCACUUGCACUUGAAUCCACGUCAGUGGAGCUACAGUAUACUUCAUGUAUUGGGAGCCUAGUGCACUCUGGGAAUGUGUCCUCCUUGAGCAUCUCGCUAGACAUGUUCCCACAAUGCACUGCACCACUGAGCAUCCUCAGUGGAGACAGCUGACCUUUGUGCCCAGAAGUAUUCAAACUACAUCAAAUCCCCCACUAAAAGGAUUAUCUGUGGCUCAGAAUCGAUUGGAAUUUAGAACAUGUCUAAAACUAAAUAUUGCAGGAGCUUAUGUUGAAUAACAUGAACAAAAUUGUAAUGCAUCAGAAGGUAUCUCUGUUGAACAAGUUUGUCUUUUUAAAGCCGUUCAGAUAUUACCAUAAGAUGCUCACUGGUGCCUAACAUCAUUAAUCAAAGUCAUUUAAUCUUUUGCAGUUACAAAAUUCAGGCAAUGCCUUGAUUUUCAGUGGGAUGCACAGCUAAGAUUGUUUUAGCAGCAAAAGCAAAAUGUGGCAAGGAUUUUUGACACUUGUCACUUUUGACCAGUCCUUAAUUGAAAAUAGAAAUCAAAUUAUUUUGCCAUUCUUCUCCAUGCCACAGUAAGCUGCUCUGAAAUGAUUCACCCUGAAACAUUUUGAUUUUCAUUGUCAUGGUAUCUUACUCCAAAAGCUGAAUGGUUUGAUCUUUUUAACUAUACACAAGGUGUUGGAAACAGCAGUGGGCCUGACGAUAGGUCUGUAAAAAGGCAAAACUUAUUUACACCUGACACAAAAAAAACCAAACUGUCUGAGCUUUCGGAACAUGAGUUUUCAGUCACAUUAUUAGACAGACUGCUUUCUUAAAAUGUAAUGCACACUUGUCACUAUAGCAACCAGUUCUUACGGUACAGCUAUCAUUUUGUUUCAUCACCUUUUAAUUAACCUGUAGAUUCCCAAGGAAUUGCAAAUACAAUUUUAAUUAACACUGAGAAAGACAGUCUAGUUUUAUGUGACUGGUGUUUGCUAAUUUAUUGCAGCUCUUCUGAUCGCCUGUGUAUCUUUUUUUUUAAUUUGAAUUCAUCAGUGUUUUGCAUCUCCAGUGGGGUUUUGUAAAUGAAAAGCGUGUCAAGUAGUAGAAAUAAAACAAACUUUUGUCAGAAUUUUGAAUUUUGAAUUGGUGAAAUAAUUAAUGAAAUUAUUUUCGGGCGUAUUUCCAAAAUAAAGGAAGGCAAGAGAGGCUGGGUAGGAGUACAUUUUAGCCAGGCAGUGAUGGAACAUUGGAUAGGAGGAACCAACCUUUAUGUACUGCCUAUUUUGUUCUCUCUCUCAAUUUGAAUUUACCUCAGUGCUUUCUAAGGUUCACAAUACAUUUGUUAUCCAUUGUGGUAAUCUGCUUCAUUGUUAGGUAACUACCAGGUUUAAAUUGAAGUCCCUCAGUGCUGAGGAUAAAUCUGUUGUAAGGCAGAGUGCUAAAAUUAUUGAAUCUGUCAUGUGGCCAGCAAGACAAGCUUUUGAAGAAUUGAAUGUUCUGAAAGUGAAGCAUUUUGGAAUGACUCUGUUUAAACUUUAAAGCGCACGGUUGCUGGUCUAUGAAAUUGGGUUGUUUUGUAUGUUAUAGUUGGGUAUCUGACUAGUGUUGUGUAACACUGGUCUAGUGCCCUCGUCCCACACUAUUAGUUGUGGGCAUGUGAGCAGUCUUGUCUAAUAAUAUUUGGAAGGACUGGGAUGGGGCAGGGGAGGAGUCAGUUUUAGCCUAACCUUAAGUGAAACUGACAAGAUCAGCUGGUUUCCAGCCUGCUUGAUUUCUGCUGUCUGAUAUCACCAGCAAGUGAUAUUGCAUUGAAUGAAAACUCAAGUCACCCUAGAUCCUGCAGGAAUCCCGUCCAAUGGAUUAGGAAAAAAUUGACCCAAAUAUUUGUGCAUGUUCAACUGUAGUUAUCAGAAAUCUGGGAAAAAUGCAGAUUGCAUUCAGACUGUGGCUGAACAAAACCACAGGUCAUAUUUUAGGAUGUAAUCUCUUCAUCAGUUGCUGAACCUCCAGCAUUUACUGGUUUUCUUUGUUAUCUCCCUAUUGCCUGCUUCACCCAAUCAUACUGGAGUUUUUACUUUGACAACCAACACUUCCUUCUUAAGAUAGACUCGAACUCAUAAAUUUGUCCAUUCCAAAUUCGUCAGGAUGACAAAUAACGAAAAGCUAAGGGAUUGGCCAUUCUGAUAAUAUUAUCACUUCACUCCUGGCAUUGUAUCCCUCAAGUCUGUCGCAACAGAUCACACAGCAUGUGGAAGUUUCGCACAAUACCCUGUGCCACACUUCUUUAUACAGCUCCUGUUGGAAAUAAAUGGAAGCUUAGAAUAGAGUUCAUAAUAGAAUAAAGAAUCCACAAUCUGUGGAUAAAAUUGAGACAUUAUGAGUAAAUCUUUAAUUUUGAAGCUCUUGUAAUUAUAUAUGUUGUAAAAUAAUUCUAAAACAGUCUUGCAAUUGGUGAGGCUUUAAUGGAUAAGAAUUUUGCAGAAUUCUUUUUUUUCCUUUUCAAUUUACGUUCCUUCUCAUGAGUGUUCCUGCUGUUCCGGUGCUUCCUUGUGGGCACUUGCCCAGAUCUCGUUUCCUGUAAGUAUCAGGGAGAAUCCAGCAAAGUUUACUUCACAAAGUUGACACCAAGACUCAUCUCAGUACAGGCAGAGACAUGUCCCACUUAGGCACCGGGCCAACAACUGUUGGAACUUUUCGCUUCCAUGCGAGUGGCAGACUUAGGCAUCAGGAAGCUGGCACCUUAACAGCUGUACACAGCUGCUAAACCGAGAGCGGGCAACCAUUUCAGCAGUACUACCCACUGGUGUUGAACACAACUUCAUUCUAAACACUACCCACACUUGUCAGCUGGAGUAUUUCAAUUUAAACCACCAUUGUUUCUAACAUUGCUUCAGAGCCCUGCUGUUCAGUCACAAGUGUAUGUUCCAUAACUGACUCUUACUGCAAUAAGGACACUGCAGAUUAAUGUCAAGGGAAGCUGGCUGCAGAUGGCCCAAAAAAGGGUCAAUGUAUAAUCUGCCACCUUGUUUAACUAAAAACACUAUUCUUUAGGAAUAUGCUAAGAAUGAAGAAUAAGCUAUGUAUUUUGUUUUGCAAUGGCAUCACAAGUUCUGACAUCAUUUCGCUGAGGUUAAACAGAAAGAUUUGUAUUUCCUCGUUUCUUUCAACUGAUCAAGAUAACUGUACAGUUUCGGGCUGAUGGGUGUCAUGUAGCAGUUUCCCUGAGACAAGUGACAAUAUCUUCCACGAUAUUUCACUAGCUCUCAGGCACUUUGGGAGGUGAGUGAAAGCCACCAGAGAAAUCCAGGCUUUUUCAAAAAUAAGGAUUUCUAAAUGAUUUAGAGCUGGUGCUGUGGCGGGGUAAAAUAAGCAGGCGUUUCCCCAUUGGAUCUGGCCCACUUCAACCUGAGAGGUACAUGCUGGGCAUUAAGGGGAAAAUAAUGACCUUAGCCGAAUGCAAAACUUGUGAUGUCCGCACACACUUUUUUUUCCCAAGGUAAUACAUGAUGAGCUAUCCAAAUGCAACUGUCACCUCUUACCACCAGUGAUUUCUGGCAUUGUGUAUGGAUUUGAACAGGAAAAUCGUUUAAAAUGACACUUUAAAUCCAUGCUAUAACCAGCUCCUGCUAUAAUGUGGAGAAUUGUACCAAUAUUGUAACGAGCCACUGAUUUUAUUUGAAGAAAGGAGCAUUGUAACAAUAUGAUUUUACACAAAUGUACCGCUAUCCCCUUUCAAAAACAAAACCUCCUCAGUUGUAAAAGUGCAAUACUGUUGACUGACUGGAUUCUGUAAAGUAGCUGCUAGUGGAAGAUUAAAGAUUUUUUGUAAUUUUGAUUACCAUGAAAAUAGAAAAACAAAGAGCAGGGCAGGAGGCUGGUCCACCUUGAGACCUUGUUCCAUGGACUUCCAUUAACAGUCAGUGUGUUCUGUUAUGUGUAAAACAGUUUUAAAGAAAAACAAUAGUUAAAAGGGGUUUAAAAAAAUUAUUUUGGAAAUUUAAAAAGAAAAGCAUCAAAACAUUUUGUAAAUGAGCUGUCGGGGGUCGGGAGGGGGUCAUGUUUUGAUUCUGUGUGUAUAAACAUUUAAUCUUGCGUGUGUAAGGGGAAACACUGAUAGUGUAUAAAACUCACUUAUGUGGAACUUUUUAAUUGAUACUUCAGAGUUUUACAAAAUGUUCCUUUUGAAGCAUUUUAGUAACUCAGAUUUUUAUACUUUAUUCAUCAAUAAACUGAAUAUUAAAAAAAAA